AUGGCCACACUUGCGUUUGAGGUGUCUGUCGGAAAAAACACAGAAGGAAGUACAAAAAAGGACAAAGCUCAAUUGGCCAGAGAGAGAAGAGAAGAAAGAGAGAAGAUUCAAGUCUUGAGAGAGCGGGCAGUGCAGGAGAAGGAACAGCGUGCUCAGCAGCUGUACGCGCGCUCGGUGGAUGAGCGAGGGAGGCGUCUGAAGCAGCAGAGGCAGAAAGAGGAGCACCGCAGGCUGGCAGUAGAGGAGAAGAGGAGGCAACGUACGGAAGAGGAGAAGGAGCGGCUGGAGGCCCUGCUGAGACGUUCCAUAGAUCGCAGCUAUCAUCUUGAGCAGAGGCCCAAACGCUGGACCUGGGGUGGCCCUGCCGGAGGCACCGACGGUGAUCCUAAGAUCGCUCUGCCCCCUCAUCCCACCUCUGCCACCCUAGCCAAUGACCCUUCUGCUUCCCCUUCUGCCAGCCAAUCCAAAGACGUGCCUGACUUUAUGAUCCCACCCGAGUCCCCAGAAUCAAUCCUGAACAAGCGACUAUCCUCUUCCUCUGCAACAUUGCCCAACAUGGAGAAAGCCUCCCCCAGUCCUCACAGAUCCCCUUACAGAAGCUCUCCCAACGGAGCAGACCGCAGGAGCAUCAGCACAGGGCCGAGAGAGGAGUCCAAAGAAGCGGCGGCACCCCCUAAAACCCCACAGACAGAGAAGCAGACUGGAGAAAAGGGAACCACACCCACUUUAACCGAGUCUCCCUAUAAGCACCUUGGAUCACCCACCACGCCCACCAGAAGUUCCUCGCCCCAAACUCAAAACAAGAACCCUGGAACGCCAAAGAGGGCCAGGUCUGUUAAGAGCCGUGUCCAGUCCCCUUGUUCUCCUGGCCAAUACCCUCCAUCCCCCAUGAGGAACAGGGCCACCACCCCCAGUUCUGACAGUAAGAGAUGGGAAGGAGAAGAGAAAGGUGCAGGAGAUGGUAGAGGUUACAGUACUCUGGAGAGAAAGAGCUCCAAGACUGAGACGACAGAGAGGAAAAUAUCCAAGUCAGCAAGCAGGGACCUUGGAGAUCGAAAUGCAGAUGCAUCCCCUGUGACUCCCACAGGGAGGUCUUUUGCGGGGACCACGGAUGCUGAGGAGGCAUCCAGGCUGCUGGCAGAACGACGGCGUUUAGCCAGAGUACAGAAAGAGCAAGAGGAAAAACAACGAGCAGAAGAGGAGAGGCUGAGAGCAGAGGAACUGGAGAGAAGGCAGGCGGAGGAACAAGAGCAGCGGGAGAAAGCCGCCCGGAGAGCAGAGGAGGACAGAAAGAGACAAGAGGAGGAGCGCAGGAGGAAAGAGGAGGAAGACAGACGACAGAAGGAACGGCGCUGGAAAGAGAUGCAGGAGCAGCUGGAUCGAGAGAGAGAGGAGGCGAUUCUGCGGGCUCAAAGAGAGGCUGAGAGAAAGCGCCAGGAGAGAGAGAUUCUCAAACUGCAGGAGGAGCAGGAAAGACUGCAGAGGAAGAAGCGAAUUGAGGAGAUUAUGAAAAGAACUCGGAAGCCCGAUACAGAACCAAAGAAAGAGGAGGUGCCACUGGAGCCCCCGUUCCCCGUUUCGAUGGUAGAACCAGUUUCAUCCUCUGUAGAAAUGGUAGAGAUUUCAACAUCUGCUGUUAUGAAAGCUAAUGAAUCCCUCAUAUCCACCACAACUGAACCCUCCAUCAUAAACCUUGUGCCCUUGGAUGCCAAAACCACUGCAGCAGAUGAUCUCUCUGAUGGGGUCCAGUCCAUGGAUGUCAGUCCGGUUUCCAGAGACGACCUCAUCUCUAUCCAGGAGAGCUCUCCCGGCAGUGAGGUCUCCCAAAGCCGCAUGAGUAACACCCAGACCUUGGAGGAUCUCCUGGUCCUCGCUGGUCAGGCCUCAUUCCCAAAAGUCACGCCGAGCACCACACAGGACGACUGCAACAGGAACCUGAUCCAGGGCUUCAGCAGUGCUGCAGCUGACUCUCAGCUCAUCCAGAGCCUCGGCCCAACUUCAGACAAGCUCAGGCGACGAGGAAGCCUUGGGCUGGACUUUCCUGGUAGAGAUUGGACGCGGUGUCAGCCAGACGUGAGACGAUUGUUCCGUGCCUCGACCCCAGCUCCAUCACGCUUCUCCAGGGGAGACCAUCCCUUUGCAUUGCAGUUCCUCUGA